AUGUAUGUUCAUACACUCAAACAGUUAGCACUCGCAAUUGAAGUUAGCAAAGAGUUAAAAAGAAGAAAGGUCGCACCGUAUGCCGAGUUUUUAACUGACAGUGACCAGCGGUUAUCACAUCCUUAG